AAAACUAGCCAUAAACCCUAAUAUUAGGGUUAGACCCCCUCUCGGGUCCCUCGACUCCGAAAGCAACGCCAUCUUCACCUCCUCUCAUGGCGAGUUCUGGUUGCUGCAGAUUGCUGAGGAAGGCCUCCAUGUCGCCUCUCCUAUCCGCCAUCAGAUCUACGCCCUCCUCUUUCGCUGCCUGCAAUCGAUCUAUCUCCUCUUCCCGCCGCAGCGUGCUCGACGACACCCCUCUCUCGACCUACGAAUCCCUGGAGAGUGCCAAAGGAGGAACUCUUUCGGCGGUCGUUAUCAACCACAAGGGUGAACUCCUUGUGGGAACCUCAGCCAAAUGGUUUGAAAACUAUCAGGCACAGAAGGAGGCGGAGUUGGCACCCUGCAAGAUUGUCAAAGCUCCAAGUGGCGAUGCUUGGGUCGAAGCAAAUGGGCAAAAGUACUCCCCUAGCAAGAUUGCAGCUUUUGUUCUCCCGAAACUGAUGGAAUUUUACAAAGAGCACUUCGGAAUAUAUCUAUGGUAUGUUACUGUUAGGGUUCCAGCUUGUUUCAGGGAUGCUCAAAUCGAAGUACUCAUCGACAUCGACUGCCGUGGCUGUGGCUCUGUCUUGGCCAGAGACGAAGCCUCCAGGAAAGAAAUGGAGGUGGACUUUCUGAUCCGCAGCGCUGACUUUACCGCCUACGAUACCGUCAUAAGUAUUAGGAAUUGUUUGAGAAAGUACAAAGAGAAGAUCCCUGCCGAGAUUGCAGCGGAGAUUGAAACCGCUGUGUCUGAACUCAUGAGUGCCUCAGAACUUGAUAACGAAGAGGUCUUGCUCUUGGCCAAGUUAGAUGCCGCAAGAGAGGCGGUUUCGAAAAUAGGCCAAUAUGUGUCUAAAGGAUCUUCCUACGGAGGCAGUGGCGGUGCCAAUUCUAUGGAAGGAGAGCUGGAGAAUGUCCGAGGAGGAACUCUUUUGGCGGUUGGUCUUAACUACAGGGGCGAACUCAUUGUGGGCACUCAGGCAGAGCCGGAGAUGGAGAUGGUACCGUGCAAGAUCAUUGAAGCCCCAAAUGGCGAUGCUUGGUUCGAAGCAAAUGGGCAGUUGUAUUCUACUGGCCAGAUUGCAGCUUUUCUUGUCCCGAAAUUGAAGGAAUUCGCCGAAGCACACCUUGGAAUGACUGUCACCGAAGCUGAAAUAGUUCUUGAUGGGAAUAUAAUGGAAGACAUGGAAGUAAUCUUCGAGAUUUAUUCCAGUGGCAGAGUUUCUGUCAAAGCCCGAGGAAUCAUGCUACUUUCUUUUGAGAGAAGUCUGAUCUACAAUACUGACUGGAUUAUGAGUCAUAUCGAGGAGAUCUUGAGAGCGUACAGACGGAAGAUCCCCGCUGAGAUUGCGACAGAGGCUGGAACUGCUGUCGGAAACGAAGCACGGAGAGAUUAGAAGAUGGCCGAAACGGAUUACUGUUAUCAUUAAUAAUCCGCCCGCCUCGUCGCGUUUUAAAUAUAUUUAUUUUGAUGUUUAAAUUUAUUCUUAAUUCAAAAUUAAUAAUAUAUAUUUUUAUUGUGCAUUUUGGGAAGAUGGAUUUCGAAUAUUUUGUAGAUUAUAAUAUAAAGGAA